UUCAAUUAUUUUAUUAUCAUACCGGUAUUCGCGUCUUUGGGUUGUUUGUUCCUCGUAUCAAGCUAGCUGCAAGCUGCGCAAGGGCUCCCACAUUACACCACGAUUUAGAAUUCCUGACCUGAAGCGGCCGUAUCUGACACCUUCUUCAGUACUAGAAUAGCUUUCAUGAUUGAAGCUUCAAGAUCCUGGCAAACUUAUCAGUUACGAAGGAUUUGAAAACACAAUAGGCAAAAAGUAUAAUGCAGCUAGCUGAAGUCGUAACGAAGUUGAAUCGCCUCGCACCAUUGCGUCUGGCAGCGGCUUGGGAUAAUGUAGGCUUGCUCCUGGAACCCUCAAGUCCCCAGCCUCCUAUCCAGCGAAUGUUGCUCACCAAUGACUUCACCAGUGCAGUAUGGAAAGAAGCAGAAAGCAAGAACGUCAAUCUCAUCUACUGCUACCACCCUGUUAUCUUUGCUCCCCUGAAAAGAUUGACAUGUGCCACAGAGAAGCAAGGUCUCCUAGUGCGUGCUGUGGAGAAGCGUGUAGCUAUCUAUUGCCCUCACACUGCCAUGGAUGCUGUGGAGGAUGGCGUCAACGAUUGGCUGGUUGGGGGGUUGGGAGACGGCAUGACCAUGGCAUUGGAGACACUGAACGGCAACCCAAGGGAGGGAUACGGUCGUAAAAUGCUGCUCAAUGAGCCCGUUGCUACCCUGGACGAGAUGAUAGCUCGUGUCAAGUCGCACCUUGGCCUCAAGCACGUGCAGGUGGCUCGCUGCAGCAAGACGGACCCCAUCCGCAUCGUGGCGGUCUGCGCAGGGUCCGGGGGCAAGGUGCUCGAAUCGGCCAAGGCGGAUGUUCUAGUGACCGGUGAGAUGUCGCAUCACGAGAUCUUGGCCGCCGUGGAGCGAGGUUCACAUGUGAUCACCUGCGGGCACAGCAACACAGAACGGGGCUUCCUGCACACGCUCAAGCCACGCUUGGAGGCGCUGUUCGAGAAGGCUAUUGAAGUGGAAGUGAGUGAGGUGGACGCCGAUCCACUGGUAACAGAGUAGUGUGUGCGUGUGUGUGCGUAUGACCAAUAUCACUUCAUGAAGUGCUUGCUGAUUUCCUCUUUGCAGUACACUCCACUGCAGUGCAGGCACUACGUGUGGCGCAGCUUUCCUUCCAAAUCUUGACGCAAGCUAGUGUCUGAAAUUAGGGCCAUUGCCGAAGCAGUUGAGACCUGCUAUCAACACUCUGCAGAUUGGCAUAUCGACCACCAAUAGCUCAUCAUGCCGCAGGUUGAACAGGAGCCAAGUGCCUGUUUUGUCGACGAUGAUCAUGCCUGCUGCACGGAUAACCAAGCUGCUGCUGGGUUGGUGAAGCAUGCUUCCGUGUGGCCAUAGCCAGGCCAGGUACUGGUAUAUGUAUCAGGCCUGCGACCAGAUGAUGUGACACAGGCUUCAUAGGAGUGCUGCAGCAUCAGCAGCAGGAGCAACGUCUUGAGCUGUCCACCGAUACUUGAGACGCUUGCUUUCUAGGUCUUCUCUAUUUUAUUUUAAUAUUCUUCUAUAUUUUCUUUUUGAAUGGUAGAGGUGUGCAUGCGGCUGUAUUGAAAGCUGCUGUCACUUCUGUGCCAUCGGAACACUGGCAGUCUGGCUUGUCUGAGCUCUACGAGCUAUUGAACUAACAAUGUUUCAUGCCCCCAGCAAUGGUGCAUAGCAA